AAACGCGUGCACUAAAAUCACUUCUCUCUGCCUUGCGAGAAAGGGCAAGUCUCGAUACAAAACCAAAGCCAAACACAUUCUCUCUUCUCUUUCUAUCUCUCUCUCGCUCUCUCUGUUCCCGUAUCGACUAGAUCGAACCGCUACUUACACCUUUACAUACACACAUAUACAUAAUGAAGAUAUAUGUGAAGACAUUGAAAGGAAGUCAGUUCGAAAUUCAAGUCAAUCCUGAUGAUUCGGUUGCUGAUGUGAAGAGAAGCAUAGAAACUGCGCAAGGAGCAGCUGUUUAUCCUGCUGCGCAACAGAUGCUAAUCUAUCAGGGUAAAGUGCUUAAAGAUGGCACAACAUUGCUUGAAAACAAUGUUGCCGAGAAUAGUUUUAUCGUAAUUAUGCUAUCUAAGAGCAAGAGCCCGUCUGGUGAAGGUUCAACCACAUCAACGGCAGCAGCUCCUAAGGCACCACAGACCAGUGCUCCACCUUCAGUUCCUGCACCUGCAGUUUCUCAACCUCCGGCCUCAACCUUGCCUGUACCUGCACCGUCUCCAGCUCCUGCUCCUGCUCCAGCCACAGCUCCCAUCCCGUCCGCAGCUGUGGGGUCGGAGGCUAAUGUUUAUGACAGUGCAGCAUCACUUUUAGUAGCUGGGAGCAAUCUUGAGGGAGCAAUUCAGCAGAUUCUUGACAUGGGUGGGGGCACAUGGGACAGGGAUACAGUUAUUCGUGCACUUCGUGCUGCCUUCAACAAUCCAGAGAGAGCUGUGGAGUAUCUUUAUUCCGGAAUCCCUGAGCAAGCUGAGGCUCCACCUGUGGCCCCAUCACCACCAAGCGGCCAGGCUGCGAACCCCCUUGAUCAGCCUCCAGCAGCUACCCAACCUGCGCCUGCUUCCGCUGGACCAAAUGCAAAUCCAUUAGAUCUCUUCCCUCAGGGUCUUCCCGACAUGGGUUCUAAUGCUGCUGGGGCAGGCAACUUGGAUUUUUUGCGUACCAAUCAACAGUUCCAAGCUUUGCGAGCUAUGGUGCAGUCCAACCCACAAAUCUUGCAGCCCAUGCUUCAGGAGUUGGGGAAGCAAAAUCCUCAUUUGAUGAGACUUAUCCAAGAGCAUCAGGCUGAUUUCCUUCAGCUGAUAAAUGAACCCAUGGAAGGCGGCGAGAACUUACUUGGGCAGCCACAGGCUAUAUCAGUCACACCCGAGGAGCGUGAUGCUAUAGAACGUCUCGAGGCAAUGGGAUUUGAUCGAGAACUUGUAUUGGAAGUCUUCUUUGCGUGUAACAAGAACGAGGAGCUGGCUGCCAACUACCUCUUAGACCAUAUGCAUGAGUUUGAAUAAUGAUUAUUCAAGGAAUCAACGUGGCCAAACCCCUCCUCCCCCUUAUUCUUGUCUCUUUAUCCUUUCCUUAUUUUCAUCUUCAUAACAUGCUGUUUACUUUUUCACCUGGAGUGCAUAUACUUGUCCAGACCUUUUUGGAAUGUUUUUAUGGUGAAUUCUGGAGACUAUGAAUGUUAACAUGUAACUAUAUGUGUUUUGGUCGUC